AAGCAGAGAAGCCGUACUGUUUCUUCAUGCGGCCUCUUUCCUUGCUCACUGCAUUUGCUGGUACCUGCAACUCUGAGGUGUGUGUUUGCUUCUGUUAGGCCUCCUGUUUUACCUGCUGUGAUACAUAACAACCCAGCAUUUCUGAUGCCCUGUCUUCAGAGCUCCCCAUUUAUUCCCAGCCCCAGGUCUCUCUUCCGACUUCUUCUGAAAUCUUUUCCUUUCCUCAAGCUCUUCUUGCUUGCCGUAGACAGCCUCCCACCUUCAGAAAUCGGUGUGGAAGUGUUUAAGCGUGUAACAAAAUGGGGAGAAGAACUGAUAUGUGAAAACAAACAACUGAUUUGUGGCAAGAAUUAGGACAAGGAUAAAAAUACCUGACAGGUUUGUCAAUUAUAACCUGCUAGUUGUGGUAGAGUGAGGCGCUGCUUUGUCUCUUUCCUAGAGCUGUGUGUGAUGCCCAACACACGUGGCAAUUGCUCAAGGAAAAGGCAAUGUACUGUAGAAUUAGAUAGAAGUUUACAUAAGUCUCUCGUUGCUGGUACUUGUCCUUGAGUUUGUCUAAAACCAGAUUUUUCUGGUCUACUCUGUGGUUUCAUUUGCUGUUCUAGUAACUUUUAGCCGUUUGCAAAUCGAUUUGGUUUUCCCAGAAGUGAAAGAGAAAGUGAAUUUUUUUUUUUUCCUGUAUUGACUGUGCCUCUUUCCUUCUAGUCUCUCAGACUCCUGAACUUGUUUAGCAGAAAGACUUAGUCCCUGUUGCAGCAAUCAAAAGAUAACUUAAAACGUGUUUUCCAGGAUCCUAACUUGCCAAGAUGCCCAUCAAUGUUGAUGAUGUGAUGGAACUGUUCUGCCAUCUCGCUCAGGUGAAGGGGAUGAAAGCUGCUGUCAAACACUCUGGUCGAGGAGCGCUGCUGGCGGGUGCAACAGCAUUUAUUGGGGGUCUGAUGGGAGGUCCACCUGGAAUUGCUGUAGGAGGAGCAUUUGGUGGAUUGCUUGGUGCCUGGAUGACUAGUGGACACUUCAGGCCGGUCCCUCAGAUUUUAUUGGAAUUGCCUCCUGCUGAGCAGCAGAAACUGUAUGAUGAAGCCGUUGUUAUUCUCAGGCACUUAGACUGGACUGAUAUUGCUCAGCUGACUGCUCUUGUAAUGGGAAAUGCUAGUCUCCAGCAGAAGUUGACAGCAAUGCUGAUAAAUUACCUCUCCAAAGAGCUGAGAGCAGAGAUACAGUAUGGAGAAUAAACCUUUCCAGAGCAGGCUUUUUACAGUGCUGUGAAUUUUACUCUGACAAUUGUGAUUCUUCAACAUAGCAAUUAUUAGUUAUUGAUACUAAUUAUGAAUGUAGGCAGAUCUAAGUAUUACUUUGGGUUUGGGAGUUGGGGUUGGUUUGUUUGUUUCAUAAGGGUAGUAUUAGAUUACUGCAUUAUCCUGACACUUACUAUGUACUUUUUAAUUACUUUGCACUAGGACUGAAUUCAAAAUCACUGAAGGGAGUUAUGCUUCUCUUAGGCUAAUGUGUCACUAGUUAAAAUUGUCAAAGUCUUCGUGUUUUAUUUAGGAGAUUCAAGCCUGUUUGUGUAAGUGCUUUAAUUUUCUUCUGUGAAUGACAUAAAGGUGCCAAAGUAGCUAGGGCACUUUGAAGAUUUUUACUUACUGUCUGUUUCAGUCCUGCAAAGGAAAUUUAUAAGAAGUACAUUAUUCUACUGUGAACUCAAAAGGUCUCAAUCCUUACUUUAUUGUUUGUUGCAUUUUUGUUGUAAUUCUUGAGUUAUUUAUCCCUUUCUGUACGAAGUGAAGCUGAUGCCUAAAUAAGAUUUAAAGCAACAGGUAAACAAACUGUGCACAAUUAGUAGUUCCUGGUGCCCUAGAAUGGGAAGGCAUGGCAAGAAAACACUUAUAAAAAAUCUAAAAAUGGGGAACUGAAACUGACAUUUUUUGUCCUAUCCCUAGCAUUAGGGUUGUCAUUUCAGUGUUGGUUUCUUGACUGAAUCUGAACACCUGGUCCUCUGUUUUCAUUAAAAUAUUCAUAAGAAGCAUCGUAGUGGCCUGUGUUUUGCUUUAAAGUAAAUGAACUCUUUAAGAACUGGGUAUUAAAAUUUGAGGAAGAAGGCAGCCCUGUACUGGUCAGCCAGUAGUUGCCAGCGGUGGUGGUGGUGGUGUGGGUUGACAUGCCUGCAGUUAACGCUCUAAGCUCCAAAUGCAAUGUUACUGAAUAUCCCAGCCAGUUCACCAAAUAA